UGUGAGCAACGUGGUCUCUGUGAGCAACGUGGUCUCUGUGAGCAACGUGGUCUCUGUGAGCAACGUGGUCUCUGUGAGCAACGUGGUCUCUGUGAGCAACGUGGUCUCUGUGAGCAACAUGGUCUCUGUGAGCAACGUGGUCUCUGUGAGCAACAUGGUCUCUGUGAGCAACAUGGUCUCUGUGAGCAACAUGGUCUCUGUGAGCAACAUGGGGAAAAUUGCCAUCUCUUCUGUAAGGAAGAUGGGAAGGCCAUUUGCAGCCUUUGUGUCCAGGAGCACCCAGGUCACCAAAUAUCCCUCGUGGAGGAGGUGGUCAAGGAAUGUCAGGAGAAACUCCAGGUGGCUGUGGACAGGCUGAUGAAGGAGCAGCAGGAAGCUGAGAGGUUGGAAGCUGUCAUCAAUGAAGAGAAAGAUACUUGGAAGGUAAAAGGACAUUAUUUCUGA